AUGCAACGGAGAAUUGGGACACACCGCUCAAAUGCUUUUCGUCCCCUUCACACACAGCGGUGUCAUGCCGACGCAAAGCUCACUUCGAGUGUUAAGCGACACGCACGGCAAAGUCCGAACACUGAAAAUCGAUAUCGAAAAAUCUCAGAUCGAAUUGCCCACGGCCCCCGAUCCCAAUCGAUCGUAGGUCUAACACUUUCUUCUGGAGAAAAUGCGGGCAAGGGCAAAAGUGUCGUUCAGCGGCUCAGGAAAGAUUUUUGGAAACCUUCUCGUCAUCCUCGACUUCUGUCUUCCAUCGCAUUCUCGUCGACGGCCAUCAACGACAACUCUCCUCGCUCAUCAAACGCAGUCGAACAUCGCUCGAACACUAAUCUCACCCAUCCUGCACGUCUAAGUGCUUCAGCCUUUGCCGCAUCGUCCACCGCAGCCGGAGCAGCACCUCUUCAACCACAUUCUCCUCAUACCACAAUGUUCGGCGCCUUCCGACCAUCCCUCCCUUCCCUCGGUGGACUUCUCUGGAAGAACCCAUGGCGACUCUCAGCCACCCGCAAAUCGCGCGUUCGACAACGCCUCCGAGCCGUCGACGACGUAAUCUCCACACUCCAAGCAUCCUCCGUCCAGUGCAACUCCCUCACCCACGCCAUCUCCUCCAUCACCCCAGAAUCACAAAUGGCAGCAAAGGACAAAUACACAACCUUCAGCAAACACGACCGCGGUUUCCGAAAAUCCAUCCACAAGGUCCCCAAGUGGACCAGAAAGACCAUCAGAGACAAUCCCGUCGGUUACUAA